CAAGGAAGUUAAAUUAAAAUUAGAAUACAUUUCACACUCGGAUAAUAUGUACGGAUAAUGAAAAUGAUAGAAGUUAAGAUGACCUGAUCCAAAACAUUCAAAUACUGAACUUCCGUACAAAAAUGGAAGUAUCUGGUCGUAGGACACAUGGUGCGUCAGGACGGCAACCAUUUGCCGAAGAAGGGGAACUAUUCUGUCAGCCGUGUAGCGGUGAUGGUGAUUGGGUGGUUGCCAUGGGAUACUGUCAGAACUGUAAUGAAUACUUCUGUGCUGCAUGUCUAAGAGUUCAUCGGAAACAAUCCAUGAGCCGAAAUCAUGUUAUCUUAGAAGGCAAAAGUAUGCCGAAAUCUCUGGUACCGGAAAUAGACGUAGAACUUUGCUCCGAGUUAUGUGAAAAGCAUACCCAUGAAAUAGUUAAAUUCUACUGCUCCUCUCAUGAUACAAUAGCAUGCGGUGAUUGUAUGGUCUUAGAACAUAAAGCUUGUAAAGUAGAACGAAUCCAAGACAUCUCAUGUAACUACUUCAACGGCCGAGAGCACACAAAACUGCUUGAAACAGUGGGAGAAUUCCUUCAAAAUCUGAAAGAUUUAGGGGCUUGCAUACAAUUAGCAGAGGAAGAUAUGAACGCAACAUAUUCCAAGGCUAUGGCUGACAUAAAAACAUUUAGGAAAGAAGUAAAUAUUUAUCUAGAUGAAGCUGAAGCGGAGAUUAUGGCUGAAGUGAAGAACUGGAAAAAGAAAAAUGGAAAGACAUUUUCAGAAUUGAACAAUAAUAAAAUAUCAAUACAAAAUGAAAUCAAAGAAUUAAAAGAAAAACUAAAGCUUCAAUCCAAAAAGGCGAACGCACUUUUUAUGGCAGCCAAACAAAUGAAAAAGAGGAUGACUGGGAUUGAUACCAGCAUUACGCAAAUGUUCCAAAAAGGCCAGACUCAAUCAUUUACGUUUGAACCGUCUUCUGAAAUAAAACAAAUUGUUUCUUCGAAGGUUCCGCUUGGGAAGCUGACAGAACAAAUCUUACAGAGAAACCCCCAUAAUAAAUUUAAUUUAGAUGAUAUGGAGCCUCAGUUUGAUGGGGAGAUAAAUAUUAAGACAUAUGAAGAUAAAGCGGACUGUAACAUUAUAGCAUCUGCUCUUAUUUCACCAAGUCAGAUAGUACUUGCAGACUAUCAAAACAAAUGUUUGAAAAUGGUUGAUAUUGAACAGAGGAAACUAUCCAUAGGACAUGAACUGUGUAGUAAACCAGUUGAUGUGGCUGUUGUAUCCAGGAACCUUAUAGCAGUUACGCUUCCAGAUAAACAGAAAAUACAGUUUCUGACUAUCACUCAGGAAAACACACUUACUGAAAGUCAUGUUAUUAAUGUGAAUGGCAACGUUCGAAAAAUUGCUUAUCAAAAUGAUAAACUAAUCAUUGGGUAUAUUGACAAAAUUGAAAUUCUGAAAAUGAAUGGGAAUGUUGUGAAAACAUUACCUUCAACAUGUUUAUCAUGGAUAGCGGGUAUAGCAUUUUCUCAUGAUUCAUUGACAUUCUAUGUCUCUGACGAUUCUGGAAAAGAAUCUUCAGUUUAUAAAUUCGACUUUGAUGGCAAUGUACUAGCAACAUACAAUGAUAAGACACUGCAAAAGGUUAGAGGACUCACAGUGACACCAGAUGGUACAAUGCUUGUAUGUAACUCGACUAGAAAUUGUAGCAUUCACAUGAUUUCACCAGCAUGCAAGAAAAUCAAGGAACUUCUACAGCAGAAUGAACAUGUUCAAUACCCGUAUUCUGUUUCAUACUGCUGGCAAACAAACAAACUAUUUCUGAACACAAAGCAAUAGUUGACUCUAAACUGAACAGUAUGUUGCAAAUUUAUCAGAUGAUGUAAAUGUUAAACUAAUAAAAAAGGGUCCUCAUUAUAUUUGAUGACAAACUCCCUGCUGAAUUCCACUAUUAAGAUAACAGUCAAGUAUGUGCUAAAAUCAAGUUUGUAUUUAGACCACCUGUCUCUAAAGACAAUAAUAUGUUUCAUUUCCUAUUUCUAUUUGUGAAUGAAAAUAUCUGCAAAUAAAAAACAAAGUAUUUUGCCAACCUCCCCUCACCCUCUCCCUCUCCUCCCAACAGUGGUCUUUAUAUGCAGUUUUGACUGUUUGAAUAUUGGUAUCACUGUGUAUUUUGCCAGUAUUUUAUUUUUACAUAUUCUGUGUAUAUUGAGUCUUAUCUGAAGUUUUGCUUCAAUUUGUACUACACUGUAUAGUCAUUGUAUUGUAUCAAUAAAUCGUGUAAACAUU